AUAAACCAACGAAGUUAGCUUCAGCAGAAUGGUGACAUUAUGAGCACAUUAUUGCGACACACCCCUAGAAUCUUCCACUAAGAUUAUUUUAGUUAAAACUUCAGCGUACUACUCCUACAUGUACUGCACUUGUGUAGUACCCACCCAUUACUAAACGGCAGUACCAAGGUCCAGUACAGUCCUAAAAUCUAAGUACUUUGAAAGUUGAAAGUCUUGAACCCAGUACACUUUCUAUUCUCAAAUUGGUGGAAACAUUCAAGGAUGGCUUCCUUAGCUACUAGGCCUAUUGCAUUUACUUUCCCAUGCCAAGGACUUGGUGGGUGCACUCCAGGCUUGCAGUUUCAGUGGACAAACAAAAAGAUGGUGCCGAGAAAAUGUGCAAGGAAGGCUGGUUCCACUAAAAUUUGCGCUAAAUUUGAGCUGAAGCCGCCUCCAUAUCCAAUGGAUGCUCUUGAGCCACAUAUGAGUCGGGAGACCCUGGAGUAUCAUUGGGGAAAGCACCACAGAGCUUAUGUGGAAAACCUGAACAAGCAAAUCGUAGGAACAGAGCUAGAUGGAAUGUCGUUAGGAGACAUUGUAAUUGUUUCUUAUAAUAAUGGUGACAUGCUUCCAGCUUUUAACAAUGCUGCACAGGCCUGGAACCAUGAAUUCUUUUGGGAAUCCAUGAAACCGAGCGGUGGAGGAAAGCCAUCUGGUGAACUUUUACAAUUGAUCGAAAGAGAUUUUGGUUCUUUUGAAAAAUUUCUGAAGGAAUUUAAGUCAGCUGCAGCCACACAGUUUGGUUCUGGUUGGGCUUGGCUUGCUUACAAAGCAAAUAGACUAAAUGUCGACAAUGCCGUAAAUCCUCUUCCAUCAGAAGAGGACAAAAAGCUUGUAGUAGUGAAGAGUCCCAAUGCUGUGAAUCCACUUGUCUGGGAUUAUUUUCCACUCCUUACUAUUGAUGUUUGGGAGCAUGCAUAUUACCUCGAUUUUCAGAAUCGCCGACCUGAUUACAUUUCAAUUUUUAUGGACAAGCUUGUAUCAUGGGAAGCUGUCAGUCGUAGACUUGAAAUAGCAAAGGCUCUACUUGUUGAGAGAGAAAAGGAAGAAGCGAGGAAGGAAAGAGAAGAAGAGGAUGAGGAAAUGGCAGACGAUGAAGCUGUAAAGAUGUAUGUAGAGAGUGAUGGUGAUGACCCAGAGAAUGAUUGAAUUAGAACCACUUUUGCAGUAAUAGGAGUGUUAGGACAGUAGAGAUUUUCUUAUUUCGUUUUGUCUUAUCUUUCACUUAGAAGAGAUCAGUUUGAGCGGCAUAGUGUAAAGGUGUUUUAUCCAUCCGUGUAUGUAUCAACUGUGUAGUGCCAUAAAUUAAAUUAAAAAAAAAAAAAAAA